GAUAUAAAAUCAGAUGACAUCCAUCCACCUGCAGAGGAGGGGAAGAAACGAUUCUUAGCAGAACUGGUCCGGGACAGAAGCCAACAAUGUGGUGAAGAGCCUGAUAGGUCAAGCAUGACUAAGAUGAUGCAGUUCUUCUGCCUUGGGUACAACCCACUGAUCAAACUGGGUUUGGGCCAAAGAAAAGCUAGAAAGGGGAGGGGGAGGAGAAAAGGUGUUGGAUGACAGUGAUGUGUUUAGCCUCUUCUUGGCAAAAUGCCUGCUGAGCAUGGAAGAAGUGAAAGGGGAUAUCAUAAAAGCUUGCCAUGAGUUGGAAAGAUUUUGCUUCUCAGGUACAGGUGAGCAAGACUCGCAGGUAUUGUCAUGGGACAGGUUUCAGGAGAGAGAGAGAGAGAGAGAGAGCAAGAACAGGAGACUGGGUGGAGUGAGUUACUUCCUGCUCCCUUCGUGCUGCUUUUUAAAAGCCUCUAUGCCUUGGCAAAGCUGGUCUUCUGUGCCACAGCUUGGAAGCCACUUGAGGUCAUCAGAAGCAUCCUGGAGAUCUGGAGAACGGCAACAGCGUUCCCCUUGGCAGGAAGGGAAGGAGAUAGGCAGAUUUCAAAAUGCCAAGCCAGGAUUCUCUCGGGGGUUACCAGGAUGAGACUAAAACAGAUUUUACCUGGGUGGUUAAGGCUAAUAACCGGGCUUAUCACGCACAAAUUCAAAAGAAGCAUUUAUGGUGUUUGAAGAAGAGAAAAUAUGCAGACAAUGCCAUUAAGACGGCUAAAUACAACGUUUUCACUUUUCUCCCUCUCAACUUGUAUGAACAAUUUCACCGGUUGGCUAAUGUAUAUUUCUUGUUAAUAAUACUUUUGCAGACCUUCCCACAGAUCUCCACACUGCCUUGGUUUUCACUUCUCUUUCCCCUCGCUAUCCUGCUCUCCAUCAGAGGCAUCCGUGAUUUAAUUGAUGAUGUUGCACGACACCGAAGUGAUGGGGAAAUCAACAACCGACCUUGUGAGAUCUUGACAGGUGGAAGUUUCUGCAAAAAGAAAUGGUCUGAUAUUCAAGUGGGUGAUAUUGUUUGCCUUCACAAGGAUAGCAUUGUACCGGCUGACCUCCUCUUACUCUCCAGUUCAGAACCAAAUAGCCUCUGCUACGUGGAGACUAUGGACAUCGAUGGAGAGACCAAUCUGAAAUACAGACAAGCUCUCCUGAUAACACAUCAGCAGCUGACCUGCAUGGAGAACAUGGCUGCCUUUGACGGUGAGGUGGUCUGCGAAGAGCCAAACAGCCGGUUGCACAACUUUGUCGGCAUCUUAGAAUGGCAGGGAGAGAAAUACCCUCUUGACUAUGAGAAAAUCCUGUUGCGUGGCUGCAGAAUACGUAACACAGAGGUUUGCUACGGCCUUGUUAUUUAUGCAGGUUUCGAUACCAAAAUCAUGAAAAACUGUGGAAAGAUCAAGUUAAAAAAAACAAAACUCUGCCAUCUGAUGGAUCGUCUCGUGCUCCUGAUCACAGUCACUCUUCUUCUGACCUCCUUCGGCCUUGCCAUUGGCUCAGGGUUAUGGGCCACCAAGUUCUUCCAGGAACACAGCUACCUUUCUGCCUUCUACAGCCAUACCGGUGCACUCAGUUAUGCCUUUUUUGCAUUUUGGGGAUUCCUUAUCCUCCUCAGCCUGGUCAUCCCCAUGUCCAUGCUCAUCACGUUUGAAUUUAUCUAUCUGGUCAACAGCUGUUUCAUCAACUGGGACACCGAGAUGUAUUAUGCAGAGAAAGACACACCUGCCAAAGCUCGGAGCACAAGUCUGAAUGACCAGUUGGGGCAGAUCGAAUAUAUCUUCUCAGACAAAACAGGCACUUUGACUCAGAACAUCAUGACUUUCAAAAAAUGUUGUAUCAAUGGAGCCAUCUAUGGAUCAAGCAACAAGAGUGAAUGCAGCUCAAUGGAUUUGAGCUGGAACAAAUACAUAGACAAGAAACUGGAAUUUCGUGAUCAGUUGCUUUUGGAUACCAUCCGGCGUGACCAGGACCCGAUUCUGAGGGAAUACAUGCGGUUACUUGCCCUGUGUCACACCGUCAUGGUGGAGGAGAAAGAAAGUGAGCUUGUUUACCAAGCUGCUUCGCCAGAUGAAGAAGCCCUGGUAACAGCUGCCAGAAAUCUGGGAUAUGUCUUUCUCUCCCGCAGUCAAGAUAGCAUCACAAUAAGUGAGCUGGGCAUACAACGGACUUACAAGGUGUUGGCAUUGCUAGAUUUCAACAGUGUAAGAAAACGAAUGUCUAUUUUAGUGCAAGACCCUGAAGGCUGCAUCAAGCUUUAUACCAAAGGGGCAGAUUCUGUGAUCCUAGAAAGACUCCACAGUGACCAGACCAACAAAGGUUCCACCAUCAAGGCACUGGAUAGCUUUGCAGCAGAAACCUUAAGGACUUUAUGCCUGGCUAUGAAAGAGUUGGAUAAAAAGGAGUACACUCUGUGGAAGAAGAAACACCAUGCAGCGAGCAUCUUAUUACAGGGCCGGGCCCAAGGGUUGGACACAGUAUAUGAGGAAAUUGAGCAGAAUCUCAAGCUUCUGGGUGCUACAGCCAUAGAGGACAAAUUACAAGAUGGAGUCCCUGAGACCAUUCAUCUUCUCAAAAGGGGGGACAUCAAAGUGUGGGUGCUAACUGGAGAUAAGCAAGAAACUGCUGUCAAUAUUGGGUUUGCUUGCCACCUCCUUUCCGAGGACAUGACCAUUCUGGAGGAGAGCGAAAUCAGUGAGAUUCUUGAACCAGCCUGGUGCAGCAGCAACAGUUUGACUGGCAGUGGUGAAGCCCUUUGCGACGUCAACUCUUUUCUUUCUUAUCAAGCAUCUGCAAUGCACGGCAAAAAAGCCUUGGUGGUCACUGGGGAUUUCCUGGAGAAAAUCUUUCACACGGAGGAGGACAAGAAAGCAAAGAAGAAGGAAGGCCUUUUGGAGUACCUGUGCUUUCGGACUGCGGACACCAGCAAGGACCACAGGAGACUCAUUGAAAAAGCGUUUGUGGAACUGGCCACCACCUGCCAAGCUGUGAUCUGCUGCAGGGUCACACCCAAGCAGAAAGCCCUCAUUGUGCAAAUGGUGAAGAGACACAAGAACGCUAUCUCCUUGGCCAUUGGAGAUGGGGCCAAUGAUGUCAACAUGAUUAAAACUGCGGACAUAGGGGUUGGAAUCAGUGGGCAAGAAGGCAUGCAAGCAGUGCAAUGCAGUGAUUAUGCACUGGCUCAGUUCCACUACCUUCAGAGGCUCCUCUUUGUCCAUGGCAAGUGGUCCUACCUCCGGAUCGCCAAAUUUCUCCGCUACUUCUUCUUCAAGACAUUUGCUGGCAUGAUGGUGCAAAUCUGGUUUGCUUUCUAUACAGGCUUCACGGCACAGCCUCUGUUGGAGAGCUGGUUCCUCGCUCUUUAUAAUGUUGUCUACACCUCGAUCCCAGUCCUAUGUUUGGGCUUUUUUGAACAGGAUAUGAAUGACAAGAAAAGUCUGCAGUUCCCUGAGCUGUACAAGGCAGGUCAAAAAGACCUCUUCUUCAAUUUUGGAAUAUUCUUUGUGUCGUUCAUCCAUGGAUCCUUUGUCUCUUUGGCCAACUUCUACAUCACCAUGUGGGCCAUGGGGGACAGAUCAGGCACCCGGGUCACUGGUGAUUAUCAGUCCUUUGGCAUGAUCGUUGCAACCUCUGCCAUCUUGACAGUUAUGGCCGAGAUGAUGCUGGAGAUGAAAUUCUGGACCCUCGUCUCUUUCCUGGCCAUCUUGAUCAGUCUGGGGCUUUAUUGUCUUCUCACGUACAUCACUCAAAGCUUCCAAGCCUUCAAUAUCUCUCCCCAGAUGUUCCCCUAUCCUGGGGCCACCAGGAAUGCUCUGACUGACCCAACUGCUGUGCUUGUCAUCUUGCUAUGUAUUGUGGUGAACAUCAUCCCCUCUCUUGCAGUCCGUUUUGUGUAUAGUACCAUCAGCCCUCCAACUAUGUCAGAGAUGUUUCAAGUCCAGGAGAUCCAGAAGAAGCAAUCCACGGUGGAGCUGACAUCUCACAACAGUAGGAAUUCGCUCCUGAGGCAUUCCAGCUAUGCCUUUUCCCACAAGGAAGGAUACGCCCAUCUCAUCUCCAAGGGAGCCAGUCUGCGGAGCAAGGGUGUCCCUAUCCGUAGCCAACUGAACGACUUCCACAGCACCCACAGCCCUGGAAAAGAGAGCCCACUGCUAACUCAGAUCAACGCUGACCCUAAAGAAGUUUCUGCUGAGCAGAAAGCCCAACUCAGUUGAAGGAGACAGAGUCUAUUACUGACAACAGGAAGGGCCAUCGCUGGGCCUGUAUUCCCUGUCCUGCACAAGGGUGACUUUUGCCUGAAUGCUACAAUUUUUCCUGAGACUGAGGAUUGCACUUGGCAGAAGCUUUCCACGGACAGUGUCUGUCUGUCAUUCAUGAAAUUCUGAGUUCGAACCUUAGAGACAUCUGACUCAGACUUCAGAUCUUCUCGUUCUUUUUUUCUGCCAUAUCCGAAAGUUUACUUCUAGUCUGUGCAAUAUUCUCGCGAGUGAUAACCCAUCUUGGCUAGUUUACAUAGAGACUAUGUUUACAUAGUCAGUGUCUACUGGUACUGGCCUGUGCCAUCCUAACAAAACAGUGUUUGCUCUGGUUUCAAAUCUGGAAGGCUUUGCAGAUCUCAGUCUGAGGUUCUUGCCUCUAGGUGGCCUUAAAAGCCUCUGAACUGUGCAGGGUAGCUCCUGAUAAAUGAGAAAAUCCUUGCUUGCAGAAAGCCACCAUUUCAGGCUGGAGGUCUUCCAAAUUCCAGUUAUGGAAAGGGCAGAUAGUGAAUGCCGGGAGAAAGGCCUGCAAUAACUUUAAGAGGGUUGAACUUCAACUCCCAGAAUUCCUCAGUCACCAUGUCUCUCAUGGUCACAUGUAGUGUUUCUGAUAUAUGAGCCUGAACAGUUGAAUUGGUUUACAAGGUCAAGGCCAAGUAUCGCUGUGCCAAAAAGAAAGUUUCUCUCCCAAAUCAGAGAAAAGCCUAUAUGCCAGUGAUGGCGAACCUUUUAGAGACCAAGUGCCCAAACGGCAACCCAAAACCCACUUAUGUAUCGUCGGGUGCUGGGUGGGCGUGGUCCAUUGGGUGGGUGUGGCCCAUUGAGUGGGCG